GGCUGCUUUGAAGUAUGCGCAGCCGACCCACUAUGUUACCAGUACACGUUUGAAAACGGCGCGUGCAGUUAUCAGAUUGUGAGUUUGGAUGUCAUGAACACAGUGGACAAUGUCGACACCUAUGCAUACGUCUACUGCAACUGUACUAAAGUCUGCAAAACUGGAAAAAAUCAAGUAAGAUUAGACACAGAAGCGACUACAAAUCAGGCAUGUUUUCAAGCUUGCUCCAACAACCCGAGGUGUUUUCUCUACGAUUAUUAUCAAGGUGCUUGCAAGCUGUAUGGAGCUGACGGGGAUGCCGUGGACACAGUGACCAACCAGAACACGCAGGCGUUCGUCUAUUGCACGUGUGAUACAGCAGUUUCCGACACAACGCAGAACCCAGCUACAACCACAGAAACAGCAACAACCACUCCAGCUGCGAUUGAACUGGAGGGUUGUUUCAAGGCGUGCUUUGUCAAUCCCCGAUGUUUCAUGGUUAGUUUUGAUGGUGAGGAGGGUAUAUGUGAAAAUAAUGUAGCAGAUGGAGACGUUGUAACCAGCACCGUCAACAGCCAGGCGUAUGUGUACUGUGAAGCAUGUGAUGAAACAACAACGACAGCUACAACGACUACCACCAUCACUACAAAAACCACACGAGCCCCAGCCCAGCGCUACUACGACUGCCACAGCUGUACCAGCGGCUGCAGCAGCAAGAAACAGAACUACCUGUGUCCUGCCAAUGGGAAAAUAAAGACUGGGACCAACACACGUUUUGCCAGGUGUAAGGGACCCUGCAUGUCUACUGUCAACAAAACACCUUUUGGUGGCGAUGUGGUACGUGGAUGUUCAGACGGCAAAUUCCCAGGUCUACGUAUCCCAGCCAAUGGCUGCCUGACUCACAAGAAGGGAGUCACGUGCUUUUGUACUGGUGACCGCUGUAACACCAGAAACAUGGUGCAGGAGCAGAGCAGGAUGGGAAAUGGAUGGUGGAUUUGGCGUGGACACCACUAAUAGGUGUAAAUAAGACCAAAUUGAUGAAGCGGCGAGAUUUUCUUUGUACAAUUAUAAUCACUUUCUAUAUUCCUAUCUUGUAGAUGUCUCACAUAUAGGGCAGUUUCACUUAUAGGACAUUGUUUUUACUACUAAAAAAA